CAGAUGCAGCUUGGAUCCCACACUGCUGUGGCUGUGGUGCGGCCCUAAAAAGACCAAAAAAAACCCCCUGUUCUCUGAGCAUUUCUCACACGUGUGUCUGUGCGUGUGGUUUUUAAGUUCAUGUAAGUACGAGUGUCUCGAGGCUCGCAGACACUCAAACAUUUUAGUUUCCUCGGCUCUCCGGCACCAUCGAGGUAACCUCAGAAAACGUCAAUCAGCCAUCUUCCCCCUUCCCUGACCUGACCUUCCUGCCACCAGGACCCAGCACCAUGGUGGUGAGAGUCAUGGUUGGACAUUAACGGCUGGGCUGGUCCCCGCUCAAAAGUCACCGGAGGGGGAUGGGGUCUCCUACCGGGAAGAGUCAGUCUUGGGCUCGGAUUCCUGUCCGGACCCUGACCUUAUUUGCACUGACGUAAUCAGCCAACAUUGGUACAGUCCCGGGAGAUCCCCCCCAGCAGGCAUGGGCGGGGCGGGGCUGCUGCCACCUCUAUAUAGGGCGUUCAGCCGGGGCCCAGCACUGACCUGUGGCCCCUCCAGCUCAUCAUGGCUCGGGCGCUGGGAACAGCAGGGGCACUGUGGCUGUUGGGGCUCUGCUGCUCUCUGGCCAUCGCCCACCCUCUUUCUCUGACUGCUGGCCCUGAGCACGGAGCUGAAGGCAGGAAUGAGUCCAAGCCGGACCCAGACGUGACCGAACGCUGCUCGGAUGGCUGGGGCUUCGACGCCAGCACCCUGGAUGAGCACGGGGCUAUGCUGUUUUUUAAAGGGCCGUCUGUGUGGGCGGGUCAAAACUGGACCCGGGGGUUAAUCUCAGAGAGAUGGAAGGACGCCCCCAGCUCCGUGGACGCCGCCUUCCGCCGUGGUCACGACAGAGUCUUUCUCAUCCAGGGGGACAAGGUCUGGGUCUACCCUCCAGAGAAGGAGAAAGAAAAUCCAAGGCCGCUCCAAGAGGAGUUUCCUGGAGUCCCAUCCCCACUGGAUGCUGCAGUGGAAUGUCACCGUGGAGAAUGCCAAGAGGAGGGCGUCCUCUUCUUCCAAGGCACCCACACCUGGUUCUGGGACUCCAAGACAAAAACCACAAAGGAGCGCCUCUGGCCGGCCGUGGGCAACUGCUCCUCCGCCAUGCGAUGGAUCAGCCGCUACUACUGCUUCCGGGGUAACCAGUUCCUGCGCUUUGACCCUGUCACGGGACAGGUGGAUCCCAAAUACCCUCGGGAUGUCCGCGACUACUUCAUGUCCUGCCCGGGCAGAGGCCAUGCACACAGGAACGCGACCCACCGUGGGGACGACCGCUGUAGCCCAGACCUGGUCUUGACUGCACUGCUGUCUGACAGCCACGGUGCCACCUAUGCCUUCCGUGGGACCCACUACUGGCGUCUGGACACCAGCCGGGACGGGUGGCACAGCUGGCCCAUUGACCAUCAGUGGUCCCACGGUCCUUCGGCCGUGGACGCUGCCUUUUCCUGGGAUGACAAGCUCUACCUGAUCCAGGGCACCCAGGUCUACAUCUUCCUGACAAAGGCGGGCCACACCCUGGUAGACAGUUACCCAAAGCAGCUGGAGAAGGAGCUCGGGAGCCCCCACGGCACCAGCCUUGACGCUGUGGAUGCGACCUUCGUCUGUCCUGGGACAUCUCGGCUCCAUGUCAUGGCAGGGCGGAAGCUGUGGUGGCUGGACCUGAGUUUAGGCGCUCAAGGCCCGUGGACCGAGCUUCCCUGGCCGCACGAGAAGGUCGAUGCAGCCCUGUGCACGGAAAAGUCUCUCGGCCCCAACUCGUGUUCCGCCAGCGGCCUCGGCCUGUACAUCGUCCACGGCCCCCAUGUCUACUGCUACAAAGACGUGGAGAAACUGGUCUCGGCCAAGGCGCUGCCCCAGCCCCAGAGCGUAAACAGCCUCCUGGGCUGCCAUCGGUCUCGGGGCUCCUGAUGCGAGCCUGGCCCAGCUCCUCCUCCUGGCUUUCCUUGCAAUGAAGCCAGAGGGCUUCCUGGCUUGAUCAAAGCUGUAAAUCAACCAUAUGGUCUAAUAAAAAAUGAACGAUAACGACAA